CUCACUUUCUCCCGAUAUUAGGGGUUUUGGUUUUCUUUUUCAUUAAUCGAGAAACUUCAAUCCCACUUUGCAGAAUCAAAGGUGAGUUGACAUUGAGGGAGAUGGAUUUUAUGGAGAACGAUGAUGUGAUGUUGGAUUUGGAUAAAAAAGUAUAUCAAAUAUUUUCAGAUUUCAUGAUGAGAGUUAUGAAGUUUGAGGAAUUGGUUUCACUAGGAAGUAGCUUUCUUGUUGGGUUGCACCAACACUUAGAGUUGCUUCGAAGACAUCCAAUACAUAAAACGUCUGAUGUGGUCGAUGGUAUCAUAAAGGCUAAUGAGACCAAAAGGUUGAAGGCAUAUCUUAAAUCUGGUUGCAUAAAUGUUGAUGAAGGUGUCCAAAGUGUAAGCAAGUUAAAUGAAUGCCAAAAAGGACUCCAGGAGCAUAUGAGCAAAGUGAGAGUAUUGCUUAGCGAAGUUGAAAGCCUAAUGACUGCUGUACAAAAAGUAUUAAGGUCUAUCAGUGAAAAUAAAUUUAGUUACAAGGGUCAGCAUGCUGUUGGUGGUUUUUUGAUUCAUCGGGAUGAAGUUGAAAAGGAAGAAAUGGAGUCUAUUCGUCCAAGAAGACCCAGUAUAUCAGAUUACGCCACUAUAAUGUGUUCCAUUUAUAAUAUGAUGAAGCAAGACUACGUAAUGCAGGAAAAGAUUACUUCCUCAAUAGAAAUCUGCCAUCCAUCAUCAGAGGAAUUGGGGAGCUAUUCAACAAUGUGGACUUUGCGGCCCUACAUACAGGAUGAAAUCAUCUCGGAGGCUUGGAAACUUAUUACCUGACAUACGGAGUCGUUACUGUAUAUACUACUACGGAAUAACCCUUGUGCCUAGUUUCAUAUCGAAACCCUGCUAUCUUAAUUGUCGACCACACUUUUGGUCAUAUACUUUCCUAGAUGUCCGCUUGAGCACGGUUUUGAUCAAUAGAAAUAUACUAUUUUAAUUUUUUAAUGAAGAGUUACCUUUCCUUAUCUUUCA